AUGGCCAAAACACGCAAAGGAAGUGCUUCUUCAGCGAAGGGCAGACCUCGAGAGGGUUUCCGAAAGGGUAACCACAGUCUGAAUCCGGACCGCGUGAGAAGUGCUUCGGACACCCAUUUGAGGGAUAAGUCAACCAUCAAAAGACUGCUGAUGUAUAAGAACUCGAAACCCGUCAGGGAUUCAAAGGGGAAGAUAGUAAAGGCGGCGCCCUUUCAGUCAACUCUUGCCAGCGGUUCCGUCUCGAGGAUAGCGCCCAAUCAGAAGUGGUUUACAAACACCCGAACCGUCACUCAAAACGCGUUACAGAAGUUUCAGCAGGAGUUGGGAAGUGCUAUACGAGACCCGUAUAGAGUGGUUAUGAGACAAACCAAACUCCCGGUCACUCUCCUGAACGAGAGGGCGAAGUACUCGAGAGUCCAUAUCCUCGACACUCAGAGCUUUGACUCGACUUUCGGGAAAAAAGCCAAAAGAAAGCGACCGAACAUUAAAUUCGAUGAUUUGACGACAUUUGUCGAGUCCGUCGACAAACGGAUCGAUACUUACGAUGAGACCAAAGACACGAAUAUCGUGGCGGAUGAGUGCGCAGACAGGGCUGAAGUGCGGGAUAUAAUCAUGAAGAAGGGGACGUCGAAGAGGCUGUGGAACGAACUCUACAAAGUGAUCGACUCGAGCGAUGUCGUGGUACAGGUGUUGGACGCGCGCGACCCCAACGGCACCCGAUCUCCACAUAUCGAGCAGUAUCUGCGCAAAGAGAAGCCCCACAAACACCUGGUGCUUGUGCUCAACAAAUGUGAUUUAGUGCCCGUUUGGGUCACUCAGCGAUGGGUCACCACUUUGUCCAAAGAGUACCCGACGAUGGCGUUCAGGGCGUCCAUCACUAAUCCGUUUGGAAAGGGAGCGAUGAUUAAUCUGUUGCGACAGUUCUCGAAACUACACACCGAUAAGAAGCAGAUUAGCGUCGGUUUCAUCGGAUACCCAAAUGUUGGCAAAUCGUCGAUCAUUAACGCCUUGAAGGCCAAGAAGGUCUGUAAAGUGGCGCCCAUUGCCGGUGAGACCAAAGUGUGGCAAUACAUCACUUUAAUGCGCAGAAUCUAUUUGAUUGACUGUCCGGGCGUUGUCUACCCGAGCGGUGAUACCGAUACGGAUAUUGUGCUCAAAGGUAUUGUUCGCGUGGAGAAUGUCAAAGACCCUGAAGACCACAUCCCAACUGUUCUCCAAAGAGUUAAAUCCGAAUAUUUGACUAAAACUUAUAAAAUCCAAGAGUGGGUCGAUUGCGACGACUUUCUCGUCAAAAUGGCCGAAAGAAUGGGCAAACUGUUGAAAGGGGGCGAACCCGACACCAACACUAUCGCUAAAAUGGUGUUAAAUGACUGGCAAAGAGGAAAACUGCCCUAUUUUGUAAAACCUCCAGUUCCUGAGGGCUCUACAGAUGUCACAAAUAGUGUCAAAAGUAGUGAAAUGUCUACAGAAUCAAAGGCCAAUGAAAAGGAAGUGCAAAAAGAGAGCACUUCUACGACUGGUGAACAACCGGUCGGCCCUCAAGUUAAGCAAAACCUCUCCAAAGUUGAGGUUGAGUUGGAUUUCUCGGGCGAAGACAUUCAGACUCUGGACAACGAAUCCUCAAAAUUAUUCGAAUCGGACGAUGAAGACGACGAGGAAGAAGACAGUGACGAGGAAAUGGAUGAACAGAAUGAGGAAAUAGAUGAAGACAUUGAAGACAGUGUUGAGAAGACGGAAGUGAAAUCAUUAGAAAAGGAUUUGAAACCUAAAAUGAAAGCUAAAAGGAUAUCAAAGGCAAAGACAACCGACAAUAAGACUAAUAGUGACGUAAAAAAGAUGAGUUCACGAGAGAGACGACGAGUGGAAAGAGACGCCAAACCCAAGAAAGUUGGCGUUCAUUACUACGAGACGGCAAACGUUAAGAAUAAGAAUCGUAACAAAAAGAUUGAUUUGCAGAACAGUUCCAGAGGUCAUAGCAAGAAGCACAUCAAGAAAUGA